GGUGUUUCCAGGUGUGUGUUUGCUGUACAGGGUGUGUACAGCCCGUAAGCCUCCCUGCGUGUGUUUACAUGCGUGUCGGGUGCGCGUUACGCACGGUGCUUGGCCGAGGGUACGGAAGCGCAGGCACAGUGCUGGAUGUGUGUUAUGGAUUGCUCAUAAGGAGGUGUGUGUGCGCACACUCAGCGUCAGGUCUGCAGCGCCCGGGCGGCUUCGCGGGAGGCGGCGGAGGCCCGGCCCGGCCCGGGAUGGCGGCGCGGCCGGCGCUGCCCGUCCUGGCGCUCUCGGUGCUGCUGCUCUCGGCGGCGCAGGAGCCCGUCCCGCGGGUCAGCCUGCCCUACGACUCAGCCGAGCGGGUCGUGCAGCGGUUCGAGGUGCCUGGUGUGUCCAACUACACAGCCCUGCUGCUGAGCCCGGACGGCGGCACCCUCUACCUGGGAGCGCGCGAGCUGCUCAUCGCCGUGAACACCAGCCACUUCCAGCCCGGGGCGCCGGCUCGCAGGCUGCCAUGGAGUGCGGAUGAGGAGAAGAAGAGGCAGUGCGUGUUCAAGGGCAAGGACCUCCAGAGGGACUGUCACAACUACAUCAAGAUGCUGCUGCAGCUGAACAGCACCCACCUCUACACCUGCGGGACCUGCGCCUUCAGCCCGGCCUGCGCCUACAUCAACGUACAGCACUUCAGCCUGGAGCGGGACACGUCAGGGAAGGUGCUGCUGGAGGAUGGGAAGGGACGCUGCCCCUUUGACCCUGAGUACCGGUCCACAGCCGUCAUGGUUGACGGCGAGCUCUACGCCGGGACUGUCAGCAACUUCCAGGGCAAUGAGCCGACCAUCUACCGCAGCCAGGAAAGCCGCAUCGCCCUCAAGACAGAGAACUCCCUCAACUGGCUGCAGGACCCGGUCUUCGUGGGCUCAGCCUACCUGCGGGAGAGCCUGCCCGCUGGCAACCCCGAGGGCGAUGAUGACAAGGUCUACUUCUUCUUCAGUGAGACUGGCAAGGAAUUUGACUACUUUGAGAACACUAUCGUCUCCCGCAUCGCACGCGUGUGCAAGGGGGACCAGGGUGGGGAACGCGUGCUGCAGCGGCGGUGGACAACCUUCCUGAAGGCGCAGCUGCUCUGCUCGCACCCCGAGGACGGCUUCCCCUUCAACGUGCUGCAGGACGUCUUUGUGCUCACCCCAGGGGAGCUGCGCUGGAAGGAGACGCUCUUCUAUGGGGUGUUCACCUCGCAGUGGAACAAGGGGGGCCUGGGCAGCUCGGCCGUGUGCGCCUUCCCCAUGCACAGCGUGCAGCAAGCCUUCAGCGGGCUCUACAAGGAGGUGAACCGUGAGACGCAGCAGUGGUACACGGACACCGGCCCUGUGCCGGAGCCUCGGCCGGGCACGUGUAUCACCAGCCACACGCGGCACCUGAAGAUCAACUCGUCCCUCCAGAUGCCAGACCGGGUGCUGAACUUCAUCAAGGACCACUUCCUGAUGGACAGCCCCGUGCGCAGCCAGCCGCUGCUGCUGCAGAGCCACCUGCGUUACCAGCAGAUCGGCGUCCACCGCGCACAGGGCCUCCACGGCACCUACGACGUCCUGUUCCUGGGCACGGACGACGGCCGGUUGCACAAGGCUGUGCGCGUGAACCGCAGGGUGCACAUCAUCGAGGAGAUCCGCCUCUUCCCCGCCGGCCAGCCCGUUCUCCAGCUGCUGCUGGACCACAACCAGGGCCUGGUCUAUGCAGCCACCUACACAGCGGUGGCUCAGGUGUCCUUCGCCAACUGCAGCCUGUACCGCAGCUGCGGCGAGUGCGUGCUGGCACGGGACCCCUUCUGUGCAUGGAGCCGGGGCGCCUGCCGCAGGGUCACCCUGCACCCCUCCACACACCCCCAGCUCUGGGCGCAGGACAUUGAGGAUGCUGACACGGAGCGGCUCUGCCAGCUGGCCAACGUCUCCCAGCCCCGUCCCCGUGUCUUCCUGCCCCCAGCCUCGGGCUCCCCGUGCCAGCAGAUCCAGCUGCCACUCAACGCGGUGCGGCCACUGCCAUGCCGGCUGCUCUCCAACCUGGCCUCGCGGCGCUGGCUGCACAACGGGGCACCCGUCAACGCCUCCUACCUGGUGCUGCCCGACGGGGCCCUCAUCUUGGUGGGCAGCCCUGAGCGGGCAGGCACCUACGAGUGCUGGUCGCUGGAGGAGGGCUUCCGCAAGCUGAUGGCCAGCUACUGCGUGGAUGUGCAGGAGCUGGCCCAUGGGCCACUGGACCGUGGCAGGAAAGUGGCCACCAGCCGGGAUGCCCUGGAGACCGUCAGCACAUCCCGGAGCACCUCGGCAGUGGGCAGCGCCGCGGCCCGGCUGGAUGGCAAGACCUACUGGACCGAGUUCCUGGUGAUGUGCGUGCUCUUCGCCGCUGCUGUCCUUGUGCUGGCCCUCUUCCUCCUGCACCGGCACCGCGAUGGCAUGAAAGCCUUGCUGGAGCCCAGCGACCCUGGCCGGCACCAGAAGACACCCCGCAAGCCAGUGGAGAGCCUGCCCUUGAACGGCAGCAGCCUGCCCAGCACGGUGCCUGAGCACAAGGGCUACCAGGCCCUGCAGGACAACUACAUCGUCAGCACCCCAACGCAUGAGCCCCCAGGCCCCCCACGCGCCUUCUCUGAAUCGGAGAAGAGGCCCCUCCACAUCCGGGACAGCUUCGUGGAGGUGUCUCCCGCCUGCCAAAGACCCCGGGUGCGCCUGGGCUCCGAGAUCCAGGACUCGGUGGUGUAACGGGGCCGAGAGUCGAGCCCUCGCCCAUGACCGCCUCUGCUCUGCUGAGCCUCGCUGGGCUGCAGCACCGCGGCUGGGGUCCGUGUUGUCUGUGUGUGCAUGCCCGGAGCCCGCGCCCUGCUGCGGCACCCACCCAGCUGGAGGGGCCAGCCCCGUGUCACCUCGUCAGGGCUUGGCUUCCCUGGGAGCUCCCUAGGCAUCACCUCCGCUGCUCCAGCCCUGCUCCUCGGGACGGUGCUGGCGGCGAGGGGUGCCGCGUGCCUUCCAGGAACACGCAGGACUUUUCCCCCAGCCCGGUGUCCCCGCCGCAGGGACGGACACGGCGCCUGGCUCAGGGUGCUGGCGUGGCCCUGGCUCUGCUGGCUGCAUGGGGCCCCGGCCCCCUCUAUGCAGAGGGCAGGAGGGGGUGACCGCAGCCCCCUCAUGCCCCGACUCACUGUGACGUCCCGCUGCGGGACCUGGAGCCACGCGUGCGGCGGGGUGGUGCCGGCACAGCGACCCCGCGGCAUGUGCUGUGUGUCUGUGCUUGGUUCGUUUUUAAUCUGUUGAAAAUGUGAAUUGUGUCCUGGGGAGGGAGCGGGGUACGGUGCUCGCCCCUCGCCAGGCUGAGCAGUGACUCACCCCUGUGUCCCCAUGUGCGUGUGCAGAAAUGUCUGUGGGUUUUAUAUAAAGUCCAAGUGUUUCCUUUG